CGCUCUGAUUGGUGCUUUAUUUGCGCUGUUUAUGCACAGUAACGUUUAAGCCAAUAGAAAGUCACAUCCGUUCUAGGUUUGGAUCUAAAAGCCAAUCAGGUCCGUGUCUCACAACUUCAACCAAUCGAAACUGUGGGCGGGUCUAUACAACCCUGGUUUAGUCCGUCCUUAAAUACUGCAGCAACUCCACACAAUACCUCACAAUUUUCUUCAACAAAACGCGAAGAGAAACUAAAUUAACAUGACUGGAAGAGGAAAAACCGGAGGAAAAGCCCGCGCCAAGGCAAAGACACGCAGCUCCCGCGCCGGUCUGCAGUUCCCCGUUGGACGUGUUCAUCGUCUUCUGCGAAAGGGCAACUAUGCUGAGAGGGUAGGUGCUGGUGCUCCAGUCUACCUGGCCGCCGUUCUGGAGUAUCUCACCGCUGAGAUCCUCGAGUUGGCGGGAAACGCCGCAAGAGACAACAAGAAGAGUCGUAUUAUUCCUCGUCAUCUUCAGCUGGCUGUCCGUAACGAUGAAGAGUUGAACAAACUGCUCGGCGGAGUGACCAUCGCCCAGGGUGGUGUUCUGCCCAACAUCCAGGCCGUGCUCCUACCCAAGAAGACAGGCCAAGUUGCACCCAGUUCUGGGAAAUCUGGCAAGAAAGGCUCAUCUCAGUCACAGGAGUAUUGAGUAAUGCUGUGGCGAACUAAUUUAACCAAAAAGGCCCUUUUAAGGGCCACCCAGCUCGCCUGAAAAGCUCAAAUUUCCACUUGCUAACUGUGAUUAAUUAUGUCUUGCUUUUUUCCACAAAAUAAAUGCUUUUUUAUAUUUCUGUCU